AUGGCAUAAAUUUCAUAAAAGCAAAGAGGUGUCUUCUCUGAAGUGUUAGACCCUACUUUACCUAGUGAAUACAAUGUCAAGAAUUAUAAUCAGGGUCCAUCACCUGAUUUAAUCAUGACAACUAUAAGUCGAUAAACAAUUCCUAAAGCAAUCUCCUUGCAACGGUUACAAACAUCAGGCUCUAGUAGACAACAAUUACGCUCUGAUUUAGCAUCACGACAAGUACCAAGGAAUCAGUUGAAGACAAGAUAAAAAAAUGAACAAGUUACAAGUGUAGAACCAAAAGUAAAUUAUUUUGUGGCAUUAUUAGGUGAUAUUACCAUAUGAUCCUAUUCCUGGUGAAGUACCUAGGAAAGUGGCUAUAGAUAGAAAAAGAAAGGAGUUUAGAUCUCUUGAUUUUAAUAGAUUACUUUAAGAAGCUGGAAUUGAUUUUAAAUAAAAGGAUUAAAGUGUAGAGUGGUUAAAACUUGAAUAUUUUGAUGAUACUACAUAUGAUGAUAAUAGUAAUGAGGAUUGGAUAAGAAGAGAAGAGGAUGAAGAAGGAAUUAAACAUCCAUUAUUAGGUUUGGGAUUAAGAGGAGAAGAAUAUUAAUAUUUAGAAAUUUUAGAAUAUAAAUCUGAGAAAUUUAUAGGCAAAUGGUUGAAAGAUGAUGAGAGAUUAGAAUUACAUAGAUUAUAUAUUUGUUUUGAUGCAGAAGAUCCACGUAAGUAUGUUAAGAGAUUAAAUAAUGCAUUUUAAUAAAGGAUUUAUGCUGAUGCUCUUGUUAGAUAUAAUUAUUACAUAGAUAAUAUGUCAUUAUUUGAUUUAAGUGAAUUAGACAAUGAAUAAAAGAAAAGAAUAGAGUAGAAUGCAAAGACAAAGAAAUUAGAAGCUAUGGAAACAACUCAAUUACUUUUAGAAGUUAAUAUGGAUUUUUAGAGAACUAUGAAUAAAAUAAUAUUUGAUAAAUAUUUAGAUGAUGAACAAUUAGAUGAAAAUUAUCCAAAAUUGAGAUUGCCUGCAAAAGAAAAAAAGAAAGAAAUUCGUUAUUAUGGUUGGAUGGAACUUGAAGCAUCUAAAGGAGUUAUGGAAAAAUGGAUGUUUAAAUAUGAUGAACCAUUUAUUAGAAAACCUUUGACUUUUGAUGAAUUAAAUAAGAAUUUUGGAUUUUCUACUUUAUAUGUGAGUUAAGAAGUAGUUAAGGCUUUGUAAGAUAUCAGACAUGAAUGCAAUUAAGUAUUAAAAGAGAGUUUGUUUGAUUUUUCUAAAAGAGAAGGUGCACUACAUUUAGAUGAAUUCAAACACAUGUAAGAAAAUGCAACUACAUCAUUGAUGUAUUAAUUGAAAGGUACAUGGGUUCCUACUAUGAUCAAAAUUAUCAAAGAUAGAUUUGCUGAAAUUGGAAAGGGAUGGUUCAAUAUGAAAGAAACAUCUAAAAUAACAUAUGAUUUUGGUAAAUUGAAACGCAUGUUAACAGUUAUUAGGUUGAUGAUGCAAGACACAAUUACAACACUUAUGAAAUCUAAUUUUGAUAGAUAUUAAAAGACUAUUAAAAGCAAUAUACCUGUUAAUGUUGAUAUUAAAAAUACUGGAUGGGUUUUGAAUCAAUAUGAUGAUGGAUAUUUGGCAGAUAAUAAAGUUCAAGUUUUUAGUCAUGAUAGAAAACUACCCUUAUUUUAGAUAGAAUUAUUAGCAAAGGAUGAUUUCUUCUAAUUCACUACUAAUCCUACUUUAUAUGUUUUAAUAUCCUUGUAAGCAAUGAAAAAAGCAGUUGAUGAAAUGGCUAAGAUACCAGAUUUAGAACCAAGAAUCUUGUCUGAUUUACAUAAAUCUCAAAAACUAGAAACCUUUAUUAAGGCUCCAAUAAUGCCAAUCUAAGAACCUGUUGAACCAGAUCCUAAUGAAAGACCUAGAAAAUUUGCAGAUGAAAAUAAAUGGGUAUGGGAUACUUACUAUUGUGUCAAAGCAUCUAUUGAAGAAGCAUUAAAACCAUUAGAAUAAUACAAAACUGUUUUUAAUAAAUAUAUUCCAGUCUUAAAAUUGAGACCAGAUGAUGUGGCAAGAGAUAUUGAAUUAGAAGAUCCUCCAAGAGAAUUCGAAUAAAUUCGUGAUGAAAUAAUAAAAGCUGCUUAGAAGGAAAAAUAAUUAAAUGAAGAAAUACUAGAUUCUAUACAUGUAGGAAUGUUUGAAAUUCAUUUGAAUGAAGCUAAAGGGAUAUUAAUUGAAAGAUACUAAGCACUUUAAAAAAAUCUUAUUGAUCUUAUUGCUAGAAGAGCAAGAAAUACUAGUAUUAGAUUAUUUCAAGAAUUUGGGGAUAUCAAGAAGACAAUACUUGAAGAACCUGAUACAAUAGAAAAGUUGACAAUAUUAAAGGAAUAUAUAGGUAAUUUACCAUAGGAAUUGGAUAAAAUGAAAAUUAAAAUGAAUUAAUUAUUUGAUGUAUUCAAGAUGUUAGAAGAAUUCAAUUACAGAUUUCCAUUAGAUGAUUUUCAAAGAAGAUGGAAGAUAUUUGGAAGUCCAAAAGAAAUAAAAGAGAUGGUUGAAGUUAGAAAUGGAUAAUUGGAGAAAUUAAAAGUGAAAUUCUCUGAUGAUGCUAAAGUUUAAUAAGAAGAUUUUAGAGAAUAAAUUGAAAAUUUGGAGAGAACUAUUCAAGAAUUUCAUAAACAUUAAGAUGUGAGUAAGAAUAAAGAAAUGGCAGAAGUGGUUGAAUAUGUGAUGAAAUAAAUAAGUGAAUUUUAGGAUUAAGCUAAUAAAUUUAAUAUGUAAGAAGCAUUAUUUGAUAAACCUUAAACAGAUUAUUCCAAAUUGAAUUCUAUGUCUAGGGAAUUCAAACCCUAUUAUGAUUUAUGGUCUAGCACUUAUAAAUUUAAGAGUGGUAUUAAAUUAUGGUUGAAUGAUGAUUUUAUGAAUGUUGAUGCUGAUGAAUGUGAAAAGAUAGUUGAAGAAGGUGUUAAAAAUAUAUAAACAGCUAUGAGAACAAUUCAAGUAACAGGUAUCCAAAAGAUUGCUGAAGCUGUAAAAGCAGAGAUUGAUGAAUUUAGACCAAAAGUUCCAUUAUUAUCAGCUCUAAGGAAAAAAGGUAUGACAGUAAGACAUUGGACAUAAGUAUCUUAAUUGAAAGGACUAGAUCAUGUUAUUAAUCCUGAAGAAUAGGGAUUCUGUUUUUAAACAAUUUUGAAUGAUGGAUUUAUGGAUGUUAUUGAUAAAGUUGUUAAUGUUGGAGAAACUGCAAGUAAAGAAUACUAAAUAGAAAUGAUGCUUGAUAAUAUGCUUAAUGCUUGGGAGAAUAUUAAAUUUUAAUGUGUUCAAUACAAAAAUACAUUUAUUCUUAAAGGAUUUGAUGAAAUUUAAAUAGUUUUAGAUGAACAUAUUAUAAAUACUUCAGCAAUGGUAUUCUCACCUUUUAAGAAAUUCUUUGAAGAAAGAAUUAGUGAAUGGGAUAAGUCAUUAAGAAAGAUUCAAGAUAUAUUAGAAGAAUGGGCAAAAUUUUAGUAAUAAUGGAUGUAUUUGCAACCCAUAUUUGAUUCACAAGAUAUUGCUAAAUAAUUGCCUGCAGAAACCAAGAAGUUUAAGACUGUUGAUUAAACAUGGAGAACUACUGUUACAUAAGCUAAGGCUAAAGAGAAAGUAUUAGAUGUUUGCAUAGAAGAUGGAUUAUGGGAAAGAUUACAUGAAGCCAAUAAGACAUUGGAAAUGGUUCAAAAAGAAUUAAAUAAUUAUUUGGAAAAGAAGAGAGAGAAGUUUGCUAGAUUUUACUUUUUAUCAAAUGAUGAAUUAUUAGAAAUUCUAUCAUAAACUAAAGAACCAACAGCUGUAUAACCUCAUCUUAAAAAAGUAUUUGAGAAUAUUAAUUCAAUUGAAUUUGAUAAGGAUAAGAAAAUUCAUGCUAUGUAUUCUGCAGAAAAGGAAAAAGUUCCUUUUGUUAAAAUAGUUGAUCCAAAUAAAAAGAAUGUUGAAGAAUGGAUGAAUGAAGUUGAAAAUAUGAUGAAAUUAUCAGUUAGAUAAGCAUUAAUGGUUAGUAUUGAAAAUUAUACAUAAAUAAAUAGAGAAGAAUGGGUUUUGAAACAUCCAGGUUAAUGUGUAUUGAAUGGAUCAUAAGUACAUUGGACUAAAGAAGUAGAAGCAGCCAUUGAUGGAUAGAAUUUAAAAGGAUAUUUUAAAAAAUUGGAAGAACAAUUAGGAUCCUUAGUUGAUUUGGUUAGAACUAAAUUAUCAAAAUAAGCUAUGGUUACUAUAAAUGCUUUGAUUGUCAUAGAUGUACAUGCAAAAGAUGUAGUAUAGAAGAUGGUGGAUAGUGAAGUAUAUGAUAAGUUUGCAUUUGAAUGGAUAUCACAAUUAAGAUAUUAUUGGGAGAAUUAAUAAGUAGAUUUUGAUUGUUGGGUAAAAUGUGUAUAAACCAAUUUCCCAUAUGGUUAUGAAUAUCUAGGAAAUACAUUGAGAUUAGUUAUUACUCCAUUAACUGAUAAAUGUUAUAUGACAUUAAUGGGUGCAUUAAGAUUGAAUUUGGGAGGAGCUCCAGCAGGUCCAGCUGGCACAGGUAAAACUGAAUCAACAAAAGAUUUAGCAAAAGCUUUGGCAAAACAAUGUGUUGUGUUUAAUUGUUCAGACUCUAUGGAUUUUAUUAUGGUUGGUAAAUUCUUUAAGGGAUUAGCAUCAGCUGGUGCUUGGGCUUGUUUUGAUGAAUUUAAUCGUAUCAAUAUUGAAGUGUUAUCAGUCAUUGCUUAAUAAUUGUUAGUGUUAUUUGGAGAAAAAGCAAAAGGAACUCCUUAAGUAGAAUUUGAAGGUUCAUUUAUUAAAAUUUUACCUACAUUUUCAGUAUUUAUCACUAUGAAUCCUGGUUAUGCUGGAAGAACAGAAUUACCUGAUAAUUUAAAGGCCCUUUUUAGACCAGUGGCUAUGAUGGUUCCAGAUUAUGCUAUGAUUGGAGAAAUUAUGCUUUAUUCAUUUGGUUUUAAAUUAGGAAGAGAUUUAUCUAAAAAGAUGGUUACUACAUUUAAAUUAAGUUCAGAAUAAUUAUCAUCUUAAGAUCAUUAUGAUUAUGGUAUGAGAGCAGUAAGAUCUGUGAUUAAUGCAGCAGGUCUAUUAAAAGUUUAAUUCCCAGAUAUGAAUGAAGAAUAAUUAUUAUUAAGAGCACUUAGAGAUGUAAAUGUUCCUAAAUUUUUAAAAGAUGAUCUACCAUUAUUUGAAAAUAUCAUAUCAGAUUUAUUCCCUGGUUUAGAGAGACCACAAUAUGAUUAUGGUAAAUUGAUUCCAGAAUUAUCAUUAUAAUGUGAAAAGUAUAUUUUCAAAGAAUAACCAUAUCCUGUUCAACCUGUCUAACCAUUUAUUGAUAAGGUGUUAUAACUUUAUGAUACAAUUUAAGUUAGACAUGGAUUGAUGUUGGUUGGUCCAACAGGAGGUGGAAAGACAACUAAUUACUAAAUCCUAUCAAAAUCAAUGACAAAAUUAGGAGAAGCCAAUGGAUUUUAUAAAGUACAUACACACAUAUUGAAUCCAAAAUCAAUAACUAUGGGUUAGUUGUAUGGUUAAUUCAAUGAAUAAACUCAUGAAUGGACUGAUGGAGUUUUAGCUUAUAUGGUGAGAGAAGCAGUGAAAGAUACAAGUUCAGAUAGACAUUGGAUAAUGUUUGAUGGACCUGUUGAUGCCUUAUGGAUAGAAUCCAUGAAUACUGUAUUGGAUGAUAAUAAAAAAUUAUGUUUGAAUAGUGGUUAGAUAUUGACAUUGACUCAAUAUAUGACAAUGAUGUUUGAAGUAGAAGAUUUGGCUGUUGCUUCACCAGCCACUGUUUCAAGAUGUGGUAUGGUAUACAUGGAGCCUAGAGCAAUGGGUGUGUAACCAUUAAUUGAUUCAUAUAUUUAAAGAUUUCCUAUCAACAUUAAAAAUAAAAAGAAAGAAGUUUUGAAUAAUUUGAUAAAGUGGUUCUAGUUAUAUGUUGAAGAGGCUCUUGAAUUUACAUAUAAACAUUGUAAAGAAGUUAUUCCUACAAUGAGAAACAAUUUAGUAUAAUCACAAUAGAGAAUUAUUGACAGUUUAAUUUCUCCAUAUGUAGAAACAGAAAUUAAAAAAGUCUCUGUUGAUGAACUUGAUUAAUUGAAUUAGAAUAUUGAAUACUUUUUCCAUUAUUCCUUAAUUUGGAGCAUUAUGGUAACAGGAGAUUUCUAAAGUAGAUAAAAAUGUGAUAAGUUUCAUAGAUAAUAGAUGUAAAAAUAUAAAGCAAAUUUUGAAUAUCCAAAAGAAGGGUUGAUUUAUGAUUAUUAAGUAAAUUUAUUGCCUUGGAGUGAUACAUAUUAAUCAUUUGAAAUUGAUUAGAAAUUAUAAUUCCAUGAAAUUGUGAUACCUACUACUGAUUCUGUUCGUAAUAUGUAUUUGAUGAAAUUACUAUUAACAAAUAAUUUCCAUGUUUGUUGCCCAGGACCUACAGGUACAGGUAAAUCUUAGAAUUCAUAUCAAUUAUUGAUAAUGGGUAUGCCUGAAGAUUUUCAAUAUGUUCCAUUAACUUUUAGUGCUUAGACAUCAGCAAAUUAAACACAAGAUACAAUUGAUUCUUGGAUUGAUAAAAGAAGAAAAGGAGUUAGAGGACCACCUGUUGGAAAGAGAUAAGUCAUUUUUGUAGAUGAUCUAAAUAUGCCUAAGAAAGAAGAAUAUGGUGCUUAACCACCUAUAGAAUUGAUUAGAUAAAUAUUAGAUCAUUAAGGUUGGUAUAAUAGAUAAGAUCUACAAUUUGUCAAAUUAGAAGGAUUACUUAUAUUGUCAGCUAUGGGACCCCCUGGUGGUGGUAGAAGUAAUAUUACAGGUAGAGCAGUCAGACACUUUAAUGUUUUAGCAUAUACAGAAUUGGAUGAAGAAGUCAUUAAAACAAUAUUUUAAAAAAUAGUUUAAUUUUAUUAUAAGAAAUUCAGUGAGACAGUAUAAAUGUUAUAGAUGCAAAUGAUUAAUAGUGUUUUAAGUAUUUACAAUUCAGUCAGAAGAGAUUUGUUGCCUACUCCAUCUAAAAGUCAUUAUACUUUCAAUUUAAGAGAUAUUAAUAAAGUCUUUUAAGGAAUUUGUGGUAUUUUACCUAAAAACUGUUAAGAACCUGCUCAAUUAGUUAAAUUAUGGUAUCAUGAAAAUAUGAGAGUAUUUCAUGAUAGAUUGAUUAAUGAAUAAGAUCGUGUCUAUUUUAAAUAACUACUUACUUAAUAUUUUGUUGAUUUUGGAUUAAAAUAAGAAGAAGUCUUAGAUUAGGAAAGAAUCAUAUUUUGUGAUUUCUUAGGUAAUAGAGAUUUGGAUGUAAGACCAUACGUUUAAGUAUAGGGAGAUCUACAAUAUUUUGUUGGUUAAAUGGAAGAAUUAUUAGAUCAAUACAAUAAGGAUGUUGGGAGUGGAAAGAAAUAGAUGAAAUUAGUUAUGUUCUUGGAUGCUUGUGAACACAUAACAAGGAUUAGCAGAAUACUUAGAUAACCUGGUGGAAAUGCUUUAUUACUUGGUAUUGGUGGUAGUGGUAGAUAAUCAUUAACUAGGAUGGGUACCUAUUUAUAGAAUUAUAAAUUACAACAGAUAGAAGUUCUUAAGAAUUAUAAUAUGAGAGCUUGGAGAGAUGAUGUUAAAAAGAUUAUUAUGUUGGCUGGUGUUGAAAAUAAAUGUGUCUCAUUUGUAUUUGUUGAUACUCAAAUUAUUAAUGAAUAAAUGUUAGAAGAUAUUAAUGGUAUUUUAAAUUCUGGUGAUGUUACAAAUCUAUAUAAUGAUAAAGAUAAUGAAGAUAUUACUUAAGCAUGCAAAGCAGAAUGUAUUAAAAAAGGACUUCCUCCUAAUAGAAUGAACAUAUUCUCUGUCUAUUUGGCCAGAGUUAAGAAAAAUAUGCAUAUGGUUAUUGCAAUGUCACCUAUAGGAGAUGCAUUUACAACAAGAUUAAGAAUGUUUCCAUCUUUAGUGAAUUGUUGCACAAUUGAUUGGUUUACUGAAUGGCCAGAAGAAGCACUUGAAGGUGUUGGAAGAGGAUAACUUGUAGAAGUAGCUUAAUAAUUAGAUUUAGAUAUAAAAAAUACAAGAUUGGUAGAUAUGUUUAAGUAUAUGCAUAAAUUUGUUGAAAAAUUAUCAUUAUAAUAUAAAUCUGAACUUAGAAGAAUUAAUUAUGUUACUCCAACUUCUUAUUUAGAACUAUUAAGUUUAUACAUCAAUAUUGUACAAGAUAAAAGAAAUGAUUUGAAAGCUUAGAUUCUUAGACUUAAAAAUGGUUUGGAUAAAUUAUAAGAUGCCAAUAAGGCUGUUGCUGAAAUGAAAAUAGUUUUGGAGAAAAUGUAACCUGAAUUAGAAUAAGCAUAAAUUGAAACAACUAAAAUGAUGGAACAUUUAAAAGUGGAAAAAGAAGAAGCUGAUCAAACUUAAAGAGUUGUUGCUGUAUAAGAGGCUGAAGCUACUCAAUAAGCUAGAGAAGCUAAUUUAGUUGCUUAAGAAGCAGGUGAAAGAGUCAGAGUUGCUAAUGAAGAGUUAGCAUAAACAUUAUUGAAAGUUAAGGAAUUAUAAAAGGAUCACUUAGUUGAAUUGAAAUCAUUAUCAUCUCCACCUGAAGCUGUCAAAGUUGUUUUAGCAGGUGUUGUGAUACUUACUACAGAUUAUAUUAAGAAGUCUGGUGGUGAAAUUAUCACAUAGCCAGUACCAAAUUAAAUUGGUAAGAAGGAAGAGAAUUAUUUUGAGACUGCUAAGAAAUAUUUACUUAAUGAUGUUAAUUCUUUAUUAUCAUUGUUAUUAGAGAAAUUUGAUAAAGAGAGUAUCAAUCCAGCUGCUAUUCUUAAGAUGGAAUAGAAAGUUACUUGUCAUCCUAAAUUUAAUUCAAAUGAUGCAUUUUAAGGAUCUAAAGCUACAGGUUAUUUGUUUGGUUGGUGUAAAUGUAUGUAUGAUUUCUACAAAGUAUAUACUGAAACUAAACCUUUAAGAGAAAAGUUAGCACUUAUGACAAAAAUAGUUGAAGAGAAAAAUAAAGAAUUAGCUAUAAGGAAAAAAGAAUUGGAUGAAAUUAAUGCAAAAAUAAGAGAAUUAUAAAGAGUUUUUGAUGAUAAGAAGAAAUAAUAAGAAGAUUUAUAGAAGAAGAUUAAAGAAUGUGAAAUUAAGUUAGAAAGAGCUUAAAAGUUGACAGAAGGAUUGAGUGAUGAAAAAGAAAGAUGGGCAAAAGAUAUUGAAAAUCUAACUAAUAGUGGUGGUUUAAUACCUGGUAAUUCUAUUAUAGCAGCAGGAAUGGUUGCAUAUUCUGGACCUUUUGUAUCUUAAUAUCGUAUUAAGAUGGAAUAAGAUUGGAGAGCUAAAUUAAAAGAAUAUAACAUUCCAUUCNAACUUGUAGAAGUAGCUUAAUAAUUAGAUUUAGAUAUAAAAAAUACAAGAUUGGUAGAUAUGUUUAAGUAUAUGCAUAAAUUUGUUGAAAAAUUAUCAUUAUAAUAUAAAUCUGAACUUAGAAGAAUUAAUUAUGUUACUCCAACUUCUUAUUUAGAACUAUUAAGUUUAUACAUCAAUAUUGUACAAGAUAAAAGAAAUGAUUUGAAAGCUUAGAUUCUUAGACUUAAAAAUGGUUUGGAUAAAUUAUAAGAUGCCAAUAAGGCUGUUGCUGAAAUGAAAAUAGUUUUGGAGAAAAUGUAACCUGAAUUAGAAUAAGCAUAAAUUGAAACAACUAAAAUGAUGGAACAUUUAAAAGUGGAAAAAGAAGAAGCUGAUCAAACUUAAAGAGUUGUUGCUGUAUAAGAGGCUGAAGCUACUCAAUAAGCUAGAGAAGCUAAUUUAGUUGCUUAAGAAGCAGGUGAAAGAGUCAGAGUUGCUAAUGAAGAGUUAGCAUAAACAUUAUUGAAAGUUAAGGAAUUAUAAAAGGAUCACUUAGUUGAAUUGAAAUCAUUAUCAUCUCCACCUGAAGCUGUCAAAGUUGUUUUAGCAGGUGUUGUGAUACUUACUACAGAUUAUAUUAAGAAGUCUGGUGGUGAAAUUAUCACAUAGCCAGUACCAAAUUAAAUUGGUAAGAAGGAAGAGAAUUAUUUUGAGACUGCUAAGAAAUAUUUACUUAAUGAUGUUAAUUCUUUAUUAUCAUUGUUAUUAGAGAAAUUUGAUAAAGAGAGUAUCAAUCCAGCUGCUAUUCUUAAGAUGGAAUAGAAAGUUACUUGUCAUCCUAAAUUUAAUUCAAAUGAUGCAUUUUAAGGAUCUAAAGCUACAGGUUAUUUGUUUGGUUGGUGUAAAUGUAUGUAUGAUUUCUACAAAGUAUAUACUGAAACUAAACCUUUAAGAGAAAAGUUAGCACUUAUGACAAAAAUAGUUGAAGAGAAAAAUAAAGAAUUAGCUAUAAGGAAAAAAGAAUUGGAUGAAAUUAAUGCAAAAAUAAGAGAAUUAUAAAGAGUUUUUGAUGAUAAGAAGAAAUAAUAAGAAGAUUUAUAGAAGAAGAUUAAAGAAUGUGAAAUUAAGUUAGAAAGAGCUUAAAAGUUGACAGAAGGAUUGAGUGAUGAAAAAGAAAGAUGGGCAAAAGAUAUUGAAAAUCUAACUAAUAGUGGUGGUUUAAUACCUGGUAAUUCUAUUAUAGCAGCAGGAAUGGUUGCAUAUUCUGGACCUUUUGUAUCUUAAUAUCGUAUUAAGAUGGAAUAAGAUUGGAGAGCUAAAUUAAAAGAAUAUAACAUUCCAUUCUACUGAUUUAAUU